AUGCCUGAAGCUAAAGACAAGUCCAAGGUGCACAAGCUGGUCAUCAAGGGGUCGGCGAAGCUUGUGGCCGAAUUCUUUGAGUACUCGAUUAACUCUAUCCUAUUCCAACGUGCUGUUUACCCUCCCGACGAUUUUAUAACUGUCAAGAAAUAUGGCCUCAACAUGCUUGUUUCCGCGGACGACCAAGUGAAGGCGUACAUCAAGAAGAUCAUGUCGCAACUGAACAGGUGGAUGGCCGGUGGAAAGAUCUCAAAGCUGGUAGUGGUCAUCACUGAUCGGGACACUGGAGAACAUGUAGAGCGAUGGCAAUUUGAUGUUGAGGUUUUUGGCAAAUCCUCAAAGAGCAAGAGUGCCGGAAAAUCAGGUGAUAAAGAGAAUGCGGCUCCUAGCGAUGCCAGUGCUCAGGCUGCUGAGCCCGUCGAAAAGACCGAAAAGGAGAUCCAAGAUGAGAUCCAGGCCAUCUUCCGCCAGAUUACCGCUUCGGUUACCUUCCUCCCUGUCCUUGAUGGGGACUGCACAUUCAACGUUCUGGUGUAUGCCGACGCUGACUCAGAUGUUCCUGUGGAGUGGGGUGACAGCGACGCAAAGGAAAUCAAGAAUGCGGAGAAGGUCCAGCUACGCAGCUUCAGUACCAAUAACCACCGGGUGGGUACAAUGGUUAGCUACCGGAUGGCAGACUAA